ACACGAUCUGCUCUGUUGACCUAACAGGAAAACAAGCAACGGCAUUCGCGAGGAGGGCAUACAUGUUUUCUCGCGUGUCGUUCUCAGGACAUCUGUAACCAGGAAGUACGUCUCUGUUGGUGCUCGAUCACUUGUGCGUAUUAUAUGCGUUCUUUAAAAGCAGGACUGUAAGACUGUAAGUCAGUACAUGGGAUCGGAUCGAGUCAUGACUGACGUCGGAGCUCGGUGGACACGGUCAUGUUGAGGCAUUGCGAGCAUGUCCUGCUGAUGUGACAUGUGCUUACUCCAGCUCAGGAUGAGUAUAGAAAUGGAGGAGCUUUCUCCCCUGGACGACUCGGGACAUGGUGAUGGGUCUGAGGAUGAAACAGAGGAGGAUGACGAGCCCAAAGUCUGUCAAGUAUGUGGAGACAAAGCCACAGGAUACCACUUUAAUGCCAUGACCUGUGAGGGCUGCAAGGGCUUCUUCAGGCGUGUCAUGAAGCGCCCCGCACAGCUCUGCUGCCCGUUUCAGAACACCUGUGUCAUCACCAAGACCAACAGGAGACAGUGCCAGUCCUGCCGACUCCAGAAAUGCCUCUCAAUCGGCAUGAGGAGGGAAUUGAUCAUGUCGGAUGAGGCCGUGGAGAAGCGGAGGAUGCAGAUCAGGAGGAAGAAGAUGCAGGAGGAGCCUGUAACGCUCUCCCCUCAACAGGAAGCUGUCAUACAGGAGCUGCUCACCGCACAUCACAAGACCUUCGACAUGACUUGUGCCCACUUCAUUCAGUUCCGGCCUUUAGACCGCGAUCAGAAGUCCAAGUCUCGGUGCACUGGAGAGCCAAACAGCAGCAGGUUCACUUACACAACCACGCAUGAAGAUGCAGUGCAGCAGACCAUCAGCUUUGUCUCCCCCUCGUUCCCUUACUUCAGCAUUCACAGUCCUGAAACUACAGAGAAGACUCGACAUAAAAGUGCCAUUUUUACCUCUCUGCCACAUUUUACAGACCUCACCACAUACAUGAUCAAGAAUGUAAUCAACUUCGGCAAGACGCUUACGAUGUUCAGGGCUCUAAUCAUAGACGACCAGAUCUCGCUGCUGAAAGGCGCCACCUUUGAGAUCAUUCUGAUCCACUUCAACAUGUUCUUUAAUGAGGAGACGGGGAUCUGGGAGUGCGGCCCGCUGCAGUACUGCCUGGAUGACGCCAUGCGAGCUGGUUUCCAGCGUCAUCUGCUGGACCCCAUGAUGAACUUCCAUUACACACUGCGCAAGCUGCACCUGCGUGAAGAGGAGUAUGUGCUGAUGCAGGCCAUCUCGCUCUUCUCACCAGAUCGGCCCGGUGUGAAACAUCACAGCGUGAUCGACCGCAACCAGGAAACACUAGCUCUCACCCUGAAGACCUACAUUGAGGCCAAGAGGACCGAGCCAGAGAAACAUCUGCUGUUCCCAAAGAUCAUGGCGUGCCUGACUGAGAUGAGGAGCAUGAAUGAAGAGUACACGAAACAAGUGCUGAAAAUCCAGGACAUUCAGCCUGAAGUGUCUCCGCUUUUACUGGAAAUAAUAAGCAAAGACAGCUAAGCCUUCACAGAGCAGGUGAACUCCUGAACUCUCUUAUCACCAGCUGCGUUGACCUUCAUCUGAGGACACUACGAACUGAAAUAUAUUCAAGACAAGGACUGUGACUACUGAUAAAGAACAGCACACUGCAGAUGUGAAACUCUCAUUUUAUAAGUGUGUUACUAAAUGUAACUGUGUAUGAGUUUAUCUCACGAGCAAACUUUUGGUUCAUAAGCAGAUGUAGGAUGGCACAUAACAUCUCUUACAUUCACUGAAUGAAUGAAGCUUGAAAAUGCUGUAAGAGAAAGUUAUCAUGGCAGCAUUAGAUCACAAACGUAUAAAACGAUGAUAUGAUAUACAUAUAGUGCUAAUAGUCUGCCUUGAUGAAUCGGUUUAUUUAUUAUUAAUUUUGCGAAAUGCAAAAUAGUCGUAUAAGUUUAGCGCUUCAAGGUGUGUUGUGUUCAGGUUAUUUAAUAUCAGUGACGGCGUCAUAUGUGAAUAGCUAUAUUUGAUUCAGGCAUUUUCCAGAUUAGAAUGUAAACGGAGUUAUGAAUCUCAUAAAGAUCAUGUUCAGAUCGUAAUUUACUCUACAUAUUGAAAAAAAAAUAGCAUUGUUACAUUUCCAUAAUUAUUUUUCAUUACAGGAAUGAGUAUGGGAAAAAUAGGCUUUUAUGCAAAGUAUGCGAUUUGAUUUUGGGCAUGGAUUAUGUUCUUGUCAGGUUUUGUGAGAUUCACUCUGAUAUGUGGCUGGGGAACAAAAGAGUUGUGCUAACUGGUCUGUUGUGAAUGCUUUACUAGAAAAAAAAAAGCUUGCUGUAUUUUGCGCAACAUAUGAAUGUCUACAAUUCUGAAGAUUCGGAAUUUCAUGGAGGCUGCAAGAGUUCAUCACACAGACACUUUCUUGAGAAGCGAUUGCCUUUUAAUAUUCUACACUCAGCUGUGAGCGUAACCUUUUUCACUUACUACAUUCAUGUUUUAAAGCUAAGUUACUAAACAGACAUCAGAAAGCAUCUGAAGGUCAUUUGGACCUUUUGUGGUUCAUUUUGUCAUUAAAGCUACAAAACAAUCAAUGUGACGAUUGUGAGCUAGUGUCAUGUGGAUGUGACAUGACAGUGUAGAGCAGGUGUUUAGGGUUCAAACCAGGAGUGCAGUAUUUUUGGAAAAUAUUCUUUAAUUAUUAUAAAUUUUAAUACAUAUUAUCAGAGUAUUCAGAUGUCAGGUGACUCUAUAAAUGCCUUCAUACUAGCAUCCUGUUUAGAUUAAGCAGUUAUUUUUUCCUGUCUGAUAUAUUGUGAGGAAACUUGUCACAACAGGAAUCAUUUCUACACAGUGCACUCAGGUCUUCUGUCUUUACAGUGAUUAUUUGCAGAGUAAGAUGUAUAUGUCCCGCUCAGGAAAAUAAAAUGUACAAUUUA